AUGUCCGAUCGAGUAAAGAUUAUCGAAUAUUGUGUCGUACGUGGAUCUAUAAGAGCUGACUUCAUUUCAGAAAUUGUUGAGUGCAUAAUGUUAAUUCGAGGGCUCAAGGCUAUAUGCCAGCACUCGAAGGUGAGAACGGUUGUGGUGAUCUCACCCUCUUCAAGGACGUUUUCAAAGAAAGCCUUGAAUCAGUUACUCGCACUUGAUAGUCCUUUUGUGAGUGAAUGCGGGAGUAAACCGUUGAAAUCCAUCAACCAUGCGAGAGGAUGGGGAUACCCAUGGAAUCACUUACAAGAGCAGGCGAAUGUAUUUAAAAAGCAGUCUUUGUCGAACAUAACUCGAAGGUACACAACGAAAACCUCAUCAGGAUCUUCACCGGUUGCCGUCGAAAAGACAUCUAAUUCCGGUCGAAAAGUUACUGAUUGGAGAAUCAUUAAAAACCUGUCGGGAUAUGUAUGGUCCAAGGACGAUUCUUCGGUUAAACUUCGUGUAGUGGUGGCAUUGACUUUGUUGGUCGGAGGAAAAGUGCUUAACGUUAAUGUUCCAUUCUUCUUCAAAAGUAUAGUUGAUUCUUUGAACGUAGAUGUUGAGCAGAUAGGAACUGUCUGGACUGUUGCUGGCGCCGUGAUUCUUGGAUAUGGUCUCGCACGAAUUGGCGCGUCCGCUUUCCAAGAAUUGCGAAAUGCUGUAUUCGCCAAGGUGGCUCAGAAAGCUAUUCGUCAGGUGGCAAAGAGUGUGUUCCGCCAUUUACAUCAGUUGGAUUUGAAUUUUCACCUUUCACGUCAGACAGGAGGGCUAAGUAGGGCUAUUGAUCGCGGAAUAAACUUCUUGCUUUCAUCUCUUGUAUUUCACAUAUUGCCGACGGCUUUGGAAAUUUCCAUAGUCUGUGGAAUACUGGUCUAUAAUUAUGGUGCACACUUUGCAACUGUGACGGCAAUCACUAUGUUAUCUUAUUCUGCCUUCACCGUUCGAACAACCUCAUGGCGGACGAGAUUUCGGAAGGAGGCAAACGAAGCAGACAAUGAAGCAGCAACAGUAGCAGUGGAUUCUUUGAUUAACUAUGAGGCUGUCAAAUACUUCAACAACGAGGAGUUUGAGGUCAAACAGUAUGACAAUGCCUUGUCAAAAUAUGAAAAAUCCUCCCUUAAGCUUUCUACCUCCUUGGCGUUCUUGAAUCUAGGGCAAAAUGUUAUUUUUAGUACGGCCUUGACCAUCAUGAUGUACUUAGCUGCUCAAGGAAUUGUCUCGGGCUCAUUAACGGUGGGAGACCUGGUGAUGGUGAAUCAGCUCGUAUUUCAACUUUCGCUACCUCUGAACUUUCUUGGCUCGGUUUAUAGGGAGUUGCGUCAAAGUUUAAUUGACAUGGAGCUUAUGUUUAAAUUGCAAGAAGUGAAUGUUAAAAUUAGGGACGUACCUGAUGCGAAACAGUUAAUCUUGAAGGGCGGUGAAAUAACUUUUGAUAACGUGAUCUUUGGGUAUCAUCCGGAAAGACCUAUCUUGAAUGGUGUCACUUUCUCUGUCAAAAAAGGAAAAAAGACUGCAAUAGUGGGACCGAGUGGAUGCGGAAAAUCGACUAUACUUCGGUUAUUGUUCCGGUUUUACGAUCCGCAAUUUGGAGGCAUACAUAUAGAUGGGCAAAAAAUCCGGGAUGUUUCACUGGAAAGCUUGAGGUCUAACAUCGGAGUUGUACCCCAGGAUACCACACUAUUCAAUAAUACGAUAUACCACAACAUCGCGUAUGGAAAAAUAACGGCGAACCCCAGUGAAGUAGAGCUAGCUGCCAAAAAAGCCAACAUUCAUGAUGUAAUAAUGUCGCUGCCUGAUAAGUAUAACACAAAAGUGGGGGAACGAGGAUUGAUGUUGUCAGGAGGAGAAAAACAGAGAAUAGCGUUGGCAAGAACAAUAUUAAAAGAUCCGCCGAUAUUAUUCUUCGAUGAGGCUACGUCAGCGUUGGACAUACACACUGAACAAACAUUACUUUCGAACAUAAAAAGUAUACUGCAAGAAAGUCGAAAGACCAGUAUUUUUGUUGCUCACAGGUUGAGAUCAAUCGCCGAUGCAGACGAAAUCUUUGUCUUGCGUAAUGGCGUUAUCGCGGAGAGCGGAACACAUGACAAAUUAAUACAGAAAGAGGAUGGGGUAUAUAGAGAUAUGUGGUUCACACAAGAGAUAUCCGAACCCCUGAUGGAGGUUGACGAUGAUGAUGCGGCCGAUGACGAGUGGGAAGGAAAAAAUUAG